AUGGCAGAACUGAUACCAGAAGACGCGGAUGAACUACACAAAUAUCUGAAGGAAUUGAAAAGAGCCUUGGAUGAGCAGGACCAAGAAAGACUCCCCAAAGAGCAGCUGGACAGGAGGAGGUUUCUGAAUAAGUUUCCUCGGGUGAAACGGCAGCUGGAGGAGUUCAUAGACAAGUUCCACGAGCUCGCAGACAAGGUUGAGAAGGUCCAUAAGGGAUGUACCAUCUCCAACGUGAUGGUCCACAGCACUGGGCUGGGAACAGCAGCUGCUGUGACCAGUGUGUCCACCAGUAUCAUCGAACAUGUGAAGAGGUCAUCAGCAGAAACCGAAGCCAGUCGCAUGAUGUCAACUGUUGUCAAGAAAUGGAAGGUUCUCCUAGAGGUACUCAAGAGCAACCCCCACAUUGUUGACACAACAGAGAAAGUCACAGAAGCUGAACAGUGCAUUGAAAUGCACAUCCAUGCCCUGGAGACAGGCAAUGCCAACCCUGGCUCUGCAGCCAAAGCAAGCGUCUACAUGAGCACUGGGAGGAUCUCAGUCCCAGCCAUCCAGCAGAUAGAGGCAGGUUUCAAAGCCACAGCUUCAGCAAUUGCCAAAGGAGCCCGGAUCGCGGGCUUGGCCACUGCAGGGCUCUUCCUCCUGGUGGAUGUGGGCUUCCUGGUGAAGGAGUCAAUGCACCUGCACGAUGGUGCCAAGGCAGUAGCCGCUGAAACCCUGAGGCAGCGGGCCUGGGAGCUGGAGAGGAAGCUGGAGGAGCUCACCCAGAUCUAUGAGAGUCUGCAGGAGGACAAAAAAGUGAUUUAG